CCGGAGUUAUCAGCGACUCGGCGAGUUUUACCAUUGGUUGGCGUACCAUCGUUGGUAAAAAAUUGGUAGCGUGUCUUGUACCAUCGAUGGUAGAAUCUCACCUGUUUAGUGUGAAAGAGGUGACGAAGGAGUGAAUAUAUCGGGGCGUGUUGUGUUUUUGUGAGGGUGGAAAUGAAGAAUUAAUUUUGGAGGAUUUUGAGGAUAAAAUGAACUUCUUUUGGCUUGUGACCCUCCCCCUCGCCGUGGCCACCCCCUCAUUCAUCCCCUGUUCGGAAAUCUCGCGCGACCUCCGCUUCCCCUGCACAUGCGCCUUGGGCCCCCCUGAAGCCGCCCUCGACGGCAACCCCUCCAUCAGUGUCAACUGCGACCGAGUCGUUUUCCCUGGAGACCUCCCCUCACUCCCCUUCGGCGCCCCCAUUGUCUCCUUCAGCCAGCGCUGGGCCGGCCACCAAGCCCUCCCAACUCAAAUCUUCUCCUCAACUGGCCUCCCGUUGAGGACCAUCGACCUCUCAGGCAACUCUUUGAGGAGGUUAACCGAACGCCUCCUCCAAGGCUUACAAUCGAGUUUGGUUGAACUCCGCCUCGCAGAUAACCUCCUAGGGGACACCCUCAACCCCAUUUUUGCCACCAGUGAGUUCCGGGGUUUGGGGCAUUUACAGGUUUUGGAUUUGAGUGGAAACAUCAUCAGGGCAGUGGAGGAGGGGAUUUUGGAGGGUUGUGACAAUUUACAGGAGUUUUACUUGGAGAGGAAUAGUCUAACUGGAGUACCAAGCUCGUCACUCAACGGCCCCAAAUCACUCAAAAUCCUCUCACUAGCCUCAAAUCGGAUCACAAGCCUCAAAAACGCCGCUUUUGGCGCACAACCGAACCUCGAAACGGUUAAUUUGGCCUCAAACAACAUUGCUAGCAUCGAAGGAGGGGCUUUGAGUGGGCUAAACCGGUUAAAAACCCUCAAAUUGGGCCACAAUAAACUCACUAGAUUCAACAGUGAUGUGUUUCACGGGGCCCAAAACCUCCAAAAUUUGGACUUGUCGGAAAAUUUCAUCACGGAAUUCCCAACUAUAGCCCUCAAAGUCUUCAAAGAUUUGAAGUACCUCAAUUUAUCCUCCAAUAUGAUCCAGAAUUUGGACAACAAUGAUUUACUCAAUCUAGUAGGCUUGUAUUAUUUGGACUUGAGCCGAAACAGUGUUGCCAACAUAGCCCCUGGGACUUUUCUAGGGUUAAAACAGCUGCGCAAGCUUGAUAUCAGUGUAAACUCCCUCCGGACGAUUGAGGACGACGCUUUUGAGGGUCUCGAUAAUUUAGAACAGUUGAAUUUGAAGGAUAAUAAUAUUUUGUUAAUCCCAGCGUCGGCUUUGGGUCGUUUACCCAAACUAACCUCACUUCAAUUGGACUACAAUCGGGUGGCAGCCCUGUCUGGUGACAUUUUGAGGUCAAUAGCCGAAAAAGUCACUAAAUUAGUACUCGCGAAGAACGUCAUCCGUGAACUCCCUCCCGCCUCCUUCCAGUACUUCCAACACUUGUCCCAUUUGGACUUGACGCGCAACCUCCUCACAAACCUCAAUUCGGACGCGUUCCUCGGCCUUGAAAACACCCUCAAAGAGUUGCAUUUAGGCCAAAACAAAAUUUCGAGUGUGACAGGACCGACUUUGUCCCUAAUCAAGUUAGAAGUACUCGAUUUGAGUGAUAAUCACUUGACGGAACUCUCGAGGAACGUUUUCGGGAUGGUACCUCAAUUGAGGUUCCUCAAUUUGAGCCACAACUCGCACCUUGCCUCAAUUCCCUCAAACUUGAUCCACAAACUCCCCAAUUUGGAGGUGUUUGAUUUGAGUUUCACCGGUUUGAAGUUUCUAACCGGCGAUUUCUUCGCUAAAUCCUCAAAAUUGAGAAGGAUUUACCUCCAAAAUAACGCGAUUGGAGAAUUGGGCGAUGGGGUGUUUGCCAAUUUGCCCAACUUGACCUCAAUUGACCUCUCGUUCAACCAUAUUAGUAACAUCAAACAAGGGGCUUUCGUCAAUGUGAAGAACAUCAAGGAGUUGGUUUUGAGGGGGAACCAAUUGAGUAGUUUCAAAGGGGAGUUUUUCAACACCGGGACGAGUCUUGAGGUUUUGGACAUUUCCGAUAACCAAUUGAGUUAUUUAUUCCCGUCCUCCUUCAGGAUUCACCCCCGCCUCAAACUCCUCAAAGCCUCAAACAACAAGUUCAAUUUUUUCCCGGCUGAGUUGAUUGCGACGUUGCAGUUUUUGGAAGUUGUUGAUUUGUCGCAUAAUGACCUCAAAACCGUUGAGGAGUUGGAUUUUGCGCGCUUGCCACGUUUGAGGGUACUACUUUUGAGUUAUAACCAAUUGGAGUUUGUGUCCGAAAUGGCGUUUCAUAACUCCACGCAACUCCAAGUCCUCGAUUUGAGUUACAAUAAGUUGGAUCGGUUAGCCGAGAGGACUUUUGAGGGUUUGGUUCGGUUGGAGUUGCUCGAUUUGGAGGGGAAUGUUUUGAGUGACCUCCCGGAGACUAUUUUCGAGAGGGCGCGACUCCAGAUGUUGGAGAAUAUCAAGUUGGGGAGGAAUUUGUUUGAGGUGGCCCCCCUCAAAAGCCUCCAAAGACAGUACUUUUUUGUCUCGUCGGUUGACUUGUCGAGGAAUAAAUUGAGGGAAAUCCCGGCUGAUGACAGCAGUAUGGUCAACAUAAAAAAAUUGGACUUGUCCUUUAAUCCCUUAUCAGAGGAGACGAUAAGGAAUGUGUUGGGGGAACCCAAAACUAUGCGGGAGUUGAAUUUGGCGGGAACGGGAAUUAGGGAUUUGACACAACUUGAAACUCCAUUUUUGAGUUACCUCAAUUUGAGUUACAACAACAUAACUUCACUCAAUGAGAAAAUUUUUGAACGGACUUCACUCCUUGAAACUCUCGAUGUCUCAAAUAACCAAAUCAGUGAUAUUUCAAACUACUCCCGUUUGUGGCCUUUACUCAAAAACCUCCAAAGUUUGAACUUGUCCUCAAACCCGAUCCGGAGUAUCUCCCAAGGUGAUUUCCAAGGUUUGGACUCUUUGAAACACUUAAGUAUCUCCUCCCUCCUCCAAUGUGAGAAAAUCGAGAAAGGAGCCUUCAAAUCCCUCCCAAACCUCUCCAACCUCAACGCGUUUGAGUACCCCAAACUGGGCUACAUCGACCUCCAAGGCCUCCUCUCCCACCUCCCCUCCCUCGAACAAGUCAACAUCGAGACGAAAGACUCGGCGGUGGGGGCGGACCAACUCCAGCCCCUCCUCCAUCCCCGCCUCAAAAACCUCGGUUUGAGGGGCGGGAGAUUGAGGAGUGUCUCAUCGGGGACUCUAUCAGGAAUUAAAGGCCCGGAGGUCACAAUUGGGAUUAUGAACACCUCCUUGUCCUCCCUCCCCCCCGCUCUGUUCUUCCCCGUCCCCCGAUCCUCAAAAAUCACACUGGACGUGACCGGGAGUCAAUUGAGUACUCUCACUCCUCAAAUCCUAGCAACCCUUGAUGACCGACGCGGCGACUUGAAACUAGUAGGCCUUGAAAGCAAUCCUAUAGUUUGCGAUUGUAGCGCACGCGCAUUGCGUCGAUGGCUCCCCUCCCACAUGACCACAAUCCGAUGCUCCGCCCCCGAACACCUCCUCGGCCAGUUAUUGGUGGAGAUCGCCGAUGAUGACUUGACAUGUGAUCCGAGGAAAGUUACGACGACUCCGCCCACUAGUAGUUCGCUCCUCCCUCGCUCCACCCGAUUGCAUACGAAGAUGACCGAACCGGAGAUUAUCUGGUCAGUGCCGGUAACCGAAAAAGUUAAAACCCCUAAACCGGUCACUAGUUCGAGUUUAAACAACGAUGAUACGCUUAUUAUCGGGAUUGUAGGGGGCGUGGUUGCGUUCAUAGCCAUUUUGAUUAUUAUUAUUUGUAUUAUUAGACUGAGGAUGGGGGGGAGUCAGUACAGGGGCGGGCCGCCGGUUAUGGGCCCCGUGGCGGGGAGUAGUUGUGCGUGUAGUGUGAAAGGGGCGCCCGUUUACACCAUGGGGCCCGGAUACGGGCCUGGAUAUUCGGCGACGUUGCCACAUAAAAUGCAAGCCCCGCCCAUUAGACCGAGUAAUUACUCGACAAUGGGCAGGGUGCCCUAUUAUGGCAACAGUGGACAACCCUAUUUUAUCGCGUUUCCGCCAGAGGAAAAUAAAAUUUAUAGGUAACCGUUUUAGGUUAGGAUUAAGGUUAAUGUUUGAUUUUUAUUUAAUGUUGCAACUUAUUUAUGUAUAAAUAUAACUUUAUUAUAAGAAAUUGUGCUUUUU